AUGGCAGACGAAGACUACUCCAGGGCCUCCGAUGAGGCGGAUCGUGAGAUGACGAGGCUCUGGCGGACGUGGAGGACGGUGUUCGAGCUGCUGCUGGACCGGGGCUACGAAGUCACAGAGGAAGAAGUCAAGAUCUCUCUAAGCGAUUUCAAGCAGAGGUACUCUGACGCUCUCGGAUUCCCAGACCGAAACAAGAUGCGCAUCAGUGCUCGUCCAUCUCAGGCGAUGAUGGAGCGAUACACUCCCUUGCCUACUCCAUCAAAACCCAACACGGUCCCCGAAUGCGGUACAAUCCACGUUGAAUUCUGCAGCGAGACCCAGAGCGUAGGCACCAAGCAUAUUCGGGCCUUCAAUCAGUUCAUCGACCAGCAAAACUACCACGCCGGCAUAUUCAUCACCCAGUCACCUAUCUCGCCGUCGGCUAUCAGGCUGUUGACCGCGAUUCCAGGACGGUUCUGUGAACAUUUCCUUGAACAAGAGCUUCUUGUCAACAUCACUCACCACGAGCUUGUCCCAAAACAUAUAUUGCUCAGCGCAGAGGAGAAGAAGAAGCUGCUGCAGCGAUACCGGUUGAAGGAGUCACAGCUUCCCAGAAUCCAGAGUGGUGACCCUGUUGCGAAGUACUUGGGUCUCAGAAGAGGGCAGGUCGUCAAGAUUAUCAGAAAGAGUGAGACGGCUGGAAGAUAUGCCAGCUACAGAUGGGUCACUUAG